AAAACAACUUCCGUUCACGUUAGCUCGUAGAAAUGGCGACUUCGUUGGGAUCCAACACGUAUAACAGGCAAAAUUGGGAAGACUCUGAUUUUCCCAUCCUCUGUCAAACAUGCUUGGGCGAAAACCCUUACAUCCGCAUGACCAAAGAGAAAUUUGGCAAGGAGUGCAAGAUCUGCGCACGUCCCUUUACAGUGUUUCGCUGGUGUCCUGGCAGCAGGAUGCGCUUUAAGAAGACCGAAGUGUGUCAGACCUGCAGUAAAAUGAAGAACGUCUGUCAGACCUGCCUCUUGGAUCUGGAAUAUGGUUUGCCCAUUCAGGUUCGAGACACAGGGCUGUCCGUUAAAGAUGAAGUACCAAGAUCAGACGUCAAUAAGGAGUUUUACACUCAGAAUAUGGAGAGAGAGAUAGCUAAUUCUGAUGGCACAAGACCUGUGGGGAUGCUCGGCAAGGCACCGAGCAGCAGUGAUAUGCUUCUGAAACUGGCUCGUACCACACCGUACUACAAGAGGAACAGACCACACAUCUGCUCAUUCUGGGUGAAGGGGGAAUGCAAGAGAGGGGAAGAGUGUCCAUAUAGACACGAGAAGCCCACUGAUCCAGAUGACCCGUUAGCUGACCAGAACAUUAAGGAUCGAUUCUAUGGCAUCAAUGAUCCUGUGGCUGAUAAACUUCUGAAGCGGGCCACUACCAUGCCCAGACUGGACACACCCGAUGACAAGACUAUCACCACACUCUAUAUCGGGGGGCUGGGAGAAAACGUUACAGACUCUGAGCUCAGGAAUCACUUCUACCAGUUUGGAGAGAUUCGUACCAUCACCAUUGUUCAAAAGCAGCAGUGUGCUUUCAUCCAGUUUGCCACACGGCAGGCCGCAGAGACAGCAGCAGAGAAAUCCUUUAACAAACUCAUCGUCAAUGGAAGGCGCCUUAAUGUAAAAUGGGGCAGGUCGCAGGCAGCUCGUGGUAAAGAGAGAGAGAAGGAUGGGGUGACAGAGAGUGGAAUUAGGCUGGAGCCAGUGCCAGGUCUCCCUGGAGCUCUGCCUCCACCCCCUAUGUCUGAUGACAAUGCGCCAGCCAACUACUUUAACCUGGUUCCUACCAGCUCUCCUGCUGUUGUAAACCUGGGAUUGCCUCCCCCACCUGGGGUUGCCAUGCCGCCACCACCUGGUUUUGGUCCUAUGUUCCAUGCCAUGGAUCCCAUGGCCCCACCCAUGCCCCUUCCAAUGGCCAUGAGGCCCCCUGGACAGGUCCACUACCCAUCCCAGGAUCCUCAGCGAAUGGGGGCCCAUGCAAGUCGUCAUGGAGGCCCUUAAAA